AUGUUGGCGAAGGCUCUCGUCUUCCUGGCGGGCGCGCUGCCCUUGGGCGCUGCAAUCAACAAUUGCCCACUCGAUGGUCCCGUCUUCCCAAAGCCGACCGAGCUUUCAACGAUGCCCAUCAUCAAGCAGGCCGUGGCAAAUUUGACUCAGUACUUUGCGCAAUGGAACGCAAAUUACUCGGCGACGGCAGGUUUCUCGUACUCGAUUCAGGUCUUCUCAGCGCAUGAGUCUGAUCCCCUUUUUUCGUUGUCACAUACCUCACCGAAACUGGGGAACAUCACACACCCUGGAGUGAAAACAGUCGACGAGAAUACAGUGUUUCGGUUAGGUAGCCUCACAAAAGUCUUUACCAUUUACAACUUGCUGCUGAACGCCGGGGAUGAGAUCUGGAACUCGCCUAUCACAAAAUAUGUCCCAGAGCUGGCGGCGAUCGCAAACAGAUCGUCAGACGAUCCUGUCGCUUACACAGCUUGGGAUGAAGUGACAAUUGGAGCUCUAGCGACGCAGAUGUCCGGGAUUCCAAGAGACUACGCUUUACUUGGCGAAAUCAGUCAGCAGGACUCAACCAAGAAGUACAUCACAGCUCUGGGGUUCCCACCUCUCCCUGCAGCGGAUUUGCCGCCCUGUGGUGAUGUGCCGUUAUGCAACAGACAACAGUUCUUCGCCGGGAUCACCAACUUUGCUCCAUCCGUUGCGACUUUCCAGACCCCAGCUUACUCGGACAUUGGUUUCCAGCUGCUAGGAUAUGCCUUAGAAGAGAUCACUGGCAAGGACUUCCAGUCGCUGCUUGAGGAUACUGUAUUGACGCCGCUGGGAUUGAACAAUACUUUCUAUAAAGUACCCAAGGCCGCGUUGGGCAUUAUUCCUGGAAAUGCGAACGAUACCAAGUGGAACUUCCAGCUUGGUGAAGAGGCUCCUGCCGGAAACAUGUAUUCUUCCGCAGCUGACAUUGCAAAAUUCGGUCGCGCCAUCCUGAACUACAAGCAAUUGUCACCAGUCAUUACGAGGCGCUGGUUGAAACCAUUCUCUUUCUCGUCCGACCCGAGAGCUAGUGUAGGCGCACCAUGGGGCGUUCGCCGCAUUCCUCUUGGCCCCGAAUAUCGCCAAACUACCGGUUACAACAAAGCUGGAGGAAUCGGCAACUACAUGGCCGCAUUUGUUUUGGUUCCCGAUUACGACAUCGGCUUCUCGAUCAUGGUCGCUGGCGAUAUCCCAGGCAACACAAACUGGAACCUCGCCGAUAUUCUCGGGAACGUGAUGAUACCUGCCGUGACGGGGGCAGCAAAGAACACGGCCGCGCAGAAGUACAGCGGUGUCUACGCCGCCCCCGCCAACGUGACGACGGGCAAUUCCAACAAGCCCCUGAACUCCUCCCUGACCAUCACCACCGACGGGAGGCCCGGGCUGUCCGUCAGCCAGUGGUUCAGCAACGGCACCGACUUCCGCAGCACCGUAAUCUCCCUGCAGCUGACCUACAAGCCCACCACGCCCUCGAUUCGUCUGUACCCCGGCGGCCUGUUCUCGAACACGGCGGACGGAGGCAAGAAGAUCAAGAUGAAGGCCAUCUUCGAGGACCUGGCGGCCUCGGAGCAGGUUGAUAAAAUGUUCAGCACGGACUGUGGAUCUUGGGUAGGGGUGGAGAGCGUGUUAUAUGCUAGCACGAGCGCAGACGAUUUUGUAUUCCAUCAGAAUGCAGCGGGCGACGUAACGGGCGUGGAAAUACCGGCGUUGCGCAUCACGUUGCCAAAGGUUUCGUGA